AUGCAUACUAAAUAGAAGGCCUUUGGGUUGUUGUUACUCUUUAUGCUAUCCGGAGUUUAGGUGAUGACUCAAGAUUUGACUGAAGAAUAAAAGAAGUUAUUGGAGUAGUCCCAAGAAACACACGAAUUCUAAGCAGAAACAGGUAGGUUGAUGGAUAUCCUGAUCAAUUCUCUUUAUACAUAAAAGGAAAUCUUUCUCAGAGAGUUAAUUUCGAAUGCUGCUGAUGCACUUGAUAAAAUUCGAUUUUUGAGUGUAAAGAAUCCAGAAAUCCUGGGAGAUAAAACUGAAUUGGCAAUUAGAAUUGAAAUAAACACAGAAGAGAAGACAGUUUCUGUCACAGAUAGUGGUAUAGGUAUGUCAAAGAAUGAUUUGAUAUCAAAUUUGGGUACAAUUGCAAAAUCAGGAACCACUUAAUUCAUUGAAGCCAUCAAGGGAGGUAAUGUUAACUUGAUUGGUUAAUUCGGUGUUGGUUUUUAUUCAUGUUUCUUGGCAGGUUAAAAGGUCACAGUUGCAUCAAAAAAUACAGAUGAUGAUUAAUACAUUUGGGAAUCCCAAGCAGCUCAUUCAUUUGCAGUAUCAAAAGAUCCAAGAGGAAACACCUUGGGUCGUGGUACUCAAGUCACUAUUCAUUUGAAAUAAGACGCUGUUGAGUUUGCAGAGGAAAGCACAAUUAAAGAAUUAAUCAAAAAAUAUUCUGAAUUCAUCAAUUUCCCUAUUUAUUUGAAGGUGACUAGAGAAGUCUCAAAGCAAGUAGAGGAAGAACCAGAAUAAUAAUAGGAUCAAUAAGAGAAUACAGAUGAUGAUGAAGUAAAGGUUAAGGACGAUGAUGAUGAUGCAGAUACAAACAAGAAAGCUACUAAGACAAUUAAGGAGAAAGUGUCUGAGUGGGUUUAAAUCAAUGAAAAUAAAGCUAUUUGGUUGAGACCAAAGGAAGAGAUCUCUGAUGAUGAUUAUAAGAAAUUCUAUAAAGUCUUAUCAAAGAACUCUGGUGAAGAUCCUUUCAAUUGGGUGCAUUUCAAAGCUGAAGGAGAAGUCGAAUUUACAUCUCUUAUUUAUGUGCCUAAAAGAGCACCAAGUGAUAUGUUUGACAAUUAUUAUGGUAAAUAAACUACAAAUUUGAAAUUGUAUGUGAGAAGAGUCUUAAUUAGUGAAGAAUUCGAAGAUAUACUCCCAAGAUAUUUGAGUUUCGUCAAAGGUGUUAUUGAUUCAGAUGAGUUGCCAUUGAAUGUCAACAGAGAAACACUUUAAUAACUUAAGAUGUUGAAGGUUAUCAGUAGAAAGAUUGUAAAGAAGAUUUUAGAAUUAUUCUAAGAUGCUGCUUCUUAUGAUGAUGAAGAUGAGGAAGAUACUGAAGAAGGUGAAGAGGAUGACAACAUGGCAGAAACAACACCUGAAGAAUAACAAAGAUUGAAGGAUGAAAAGAGAAAGAAGAAGAUAGAUGAGUAUAAUGAAUUCUGGAAGGAGUAUGGAAAGAAUAUCAAGUUGGGUGUCAUCGAAGAUUCCUCAAAUAGAUAGAAAUUGGCCGAAUUGACAAGGUACAUUAUUAUUCUAUAUUGUUAGAUGGUACUCAAGCAAGAAUGCAACUGAAUUGACAUCAUUCGAUGAUUACAUUGAAAGAGCAAAACCAGGAUAAGACUCAAUCUAUUACUUAGCUGGUGAGAAUAAGGAACAAUUACUUGCUUCACCAAUUAUCUAAGGAUUAUUGAAGAAGGGAUACGAAGUACUUUUAUUGGAAGAUCCAGUUGAUGAAUUCACAUUUUAACAUUUGAAUGAAUACAAAUAAAAGAAAUUAAUUAAUGUUGGAAAAGGUGAUUUCAAAUAACCAGAAGAUAAUGAUGAACAAAGAAAGAAAUAAAAGGCUUUGAAGAAAGUAUUCUAACCAUUGACUGAUUGGUGGAGAAAAUUAUUAUCAGAAACUGUUGAUUCAGUUAUCAUUUCUUAAAGAUUGAUUGAUGAUCCAAUCAUAGUUGUUUCUUCUGAAUCAGGAUACUCUGCAAAUAUGGAAAGAAUUUCAAAGGCUCAAGCUUACUCUAGUAAAGCUGGUUCCCAAUAAUUCGGUAAGAAGAUCGUAGAAAUCAAUCCAAAUCACUAAGCAAUUUAAGAAUUGUUAUAAAGAGUGAAAGAUGAUCCAGAUUAAGAAACAGAAGAAAUGGCUAAGGUAUUGUAUGAAGCUGCUUUAGUCAAUUCAGGUAAUAGAUUAUUCUUAUUUUAGGUUACUCAAUUCCAAAUCCUGAGAAGUUUGCUAGUAGAUUCUAUAAAUUAUUUAAUUCUGCUUUGGGUAUUGAUAGAGAUGCACCAGUCAAAGAAUUUGAAGUAGAAAUCGAAGAAGAACCAGAAGCAUCAUCAGAACCCCCUCAAAGUGAUGAUGGAACUAAAUGGGAAAAAGUAAAUACAGAUGAUGCUAAAUGGGAAACUGUAAGUAAUGAUAAAAGAGACGACUUAUGA